GUUCAAAGAAGCACUAUAAUGUCCUGUUGCAGGACUUUUUGUUAAAUUUCUUGUCCAUUUUGCUGACUUUACUUUCCAGAGCAACCAAUGAGAAGAGCAAACGGAUUACCGGAAAUGAGUGCAGUCCAAGAUGGCGGAAACAGUUGAUAGUUGUGUGCAAAACAACGAAGAAGAAAAUCUGUCAGGUUUUUACUCAAAAUAUGAAUCAUAUGUAUGGAAGUUGAACAGGUUGAGUUCGGGAAAAACUGGAGAGCUUAUAUCAACUUUUUUGCUUGCUCUUUUAUUAUGGACAGCUACACUUACAGUGACGAAAAAAGAAAAUCUUCCCGGAGGAAAUUUGUUUGGCUUAUUUGUAAUCUUUUCUUGUUCUCUGUCACUGGGCACUAUUUUUUCUCGUUUGCCAUUCCUCCAACUUCCAAAUCUCUUGGGUAUGCUUUUAGCCGGUCUUUUACUUUCUAAUAUAUCAUCAAUCAAUGUUGUGAAGGACGUUAAAAACAGUUGGUCUAUCGCAUUGCGUAAUAUUGCUUUGGUUGUAAUCCUAAUACGUUCUGGGCUUGAGCUUGAUCCGGUCGCGUUAAAAAAGCUUAAACGAACCGUUAUUUUACUCGCUUUCAUCCCAUGUAUAACUGAAGCAUUAACAGUUACUGUUGCUGCCCAAUUGUUGUUGCAUAUGCCGUGGUUGUGGGGUCUACAAUUGGGGUUUGUCUUAGGAGCUGUUUCUCCUGCGAUAGUUGUCCCUCAACUGCUCAAACUUCAAGAAAAUGGCUAUGGAGCUCAUGAUGGUAUUCCCACUUUAGUUAUGGCUGCUUCGUCAUGCGAUGAUGUACUUGCAAUAAGUCUUUUUACCGUCUUCCUUGGCGUCUCCUUUUCAACAGACAAUCUUCUUUUCAACAUCUUUCGUGGUCCUCUUGAAAUCCUUCUGGGUAUUACUAUUGGUUGCUUUUCUGGCUUCAUUCUCAGUAUUUUACCCAGUAACGGACAGAUGAAGAAUUUAAAAGAAAAGAGACUUGUCAUGCUAGUUAGUUUGGGCAUAAUUUUACUAUUUGGCAGUGAAUGGAUCAAAUUUCCAGGAGCAGGAGCUUUGGCUGUCCUCACAACAGCAUUUGUAGCCGGACAUGGUUGGUUUGUCGAAGGCAAAGUACCGGUGGUGAAACUUGUGGAUAAACUUUGGAUUGUUUUUGAGCCCUUGAUGUUUGGUCUGAUAGGCGCCGAGGUAAAACUGGAGUUCAUGAGUACAAGGCUGGUUGGUCGUGGUAUCGCUGUAUUGCUUAUCGGUUUAACGACAAGGACUCUUGUUACAUAUGUAAUCACAUUUGGCAACAACCUUAACUUCAAAGAGAGAGUUUUCAUAUGCGUUGCAUGGCUUCCUAAGGCGACAGUCCAGGCAGCAAUAGGAGCGUUGUCGCUAGAAACCGCUCGAAAGCUGGGAUAUUCUGGCAAACCACAAGAAGAAUAUGGUAAAAAUAUUUUGACUCUAGCUGUACUUGUGAUAUUAUUAACUGCUCCUCUUGGAGCUGUUGGGAUAGCAGUCACUGGCCCCAGACUCCUACGAAAACACCCUAGCGCGGUCAGCCAUGAAGAAAUAAGGCUAAAUCAGGCUUAGACUUCCUUAUGAUUAAGAAAUUUGUAGACGUACGUAAAAUUAUAUUUAUUCAGGAGAUGAGUAACAAAUGUUUACUUAAAUAAUUUUGUACUUACUUAAGAGGCCGUUUAAUUUGUUUUUAAAUUGAGACGCCACUUCUAUAAAUUAAAGCAAACAAGAAAUUAA